AUGAAGGUCCCCGUGGCUGCCCUUGCCAUCCUCCUCUGCAUCAUGGCCCUCUGUGCCCAGGUCUUCUCUACACCAGUUGGUGCUGACACCCCGACGGCGUGCUGCUUCUCCUAUGUCAAUCGGCAGCUUCCGUACAAAUUUGUAGCCAACUAUUAUGAAACCAACAGUCAAUGCUCCAAGCCUGCAAUCAUCUUCCUAACCAAAAGAAACCGGGAGGUCUGUGCCAACCCCAGUGAGGCCUGGGUCCAGAAAUACAUCGCUGACCUGGAACUGAAUGCCUGA